UGAAAGUCCCUGACCGAAUGAUCAGAUCAUGAUCGCAGGUAGGCUUCUCAUGUCUCGUGCUGCUGCUCGGAUUAUUAAAAUGUCUCACAUCAAUUUUGAUAAAUCACCACGAGUAUCAAAAGUCUGGAUCGCUCUGAGACGACUGGACAAAAACGAUGACAGAGUGGUGGCUCUUCGAGAAGUAUCCAUUCCUCCAGCAGCUGAGGUCCCCAUGGUCAUACAGAUUAUCACCAAUACCUUUAGGCUGAACUCUUCUGAUGUCAUAUUCAAGAUAAGGAAUCAUGGUGGCUGUCUGAUCCCUCUGAACAGCUCGAUCCCUGCUAACAGCAAGCAUGUGCCUUAUGUGCUUGAAGUAUCCAAGAUCUUUCAGCAUGUGCGUCCUGCACCCAGAACAAUUCCCAUGACCGUGAUCAACAAGAGCAUGAAGACCAGGCUACAGACUAUUGACAGGAGGAUUCAGAGACUGGAGGAGCUUCUGCCCGAGAUCAAACUCAGACGCGAUGAAAAACUAAGCCAGGAGAUUGAAUGUCUCAACCAGAAGUUGAGGUUUCUUCAUAAGAGAAUGCAGGUUGCAGAUUCUCACAGCUGGAAGGGGGUGCUAAGCAGAGCCCCUCUUUGGUAAACAACUACCUACAUUUCUCUCUGUAAUAGAAGAAAAAAAAUCUUCUUCACUGCAGAGGCUAUCAUGUCCCUAUACGAAGAUGGAUGAGGAUCUGGAUUUCUAGAAUUUAUCUUUAUAAAAUGUGUGCAAUGGUGUGGUUUUUAUUACAAUUGCAGUGUUAUUUAUAGUCUGAAAACAGUAACCUUUUAUAAACAUUGUUUUCUGCCUGCAAAUGUUGUUGUGUCAUUAAAGUAUAUUUUUGUGUGUGGCCUUUCUAGUAUGAACUAUAGUAGCCAAGCUAUGGUUUGAUCAAACCUUAUGUUGUGUGUACCAUCAAAUCAAUAAAAGUGAACGAGAAAAGGUGAGAUUGACUUUUCUGUAUCUUUCUGUAAUGUCAAUUGUAUGUCUCCUCUUUUGGAAUAGGAAAAUAAACAUUAAAAAACAAAA